GCUGCAUCCGUCAUUUUCACCACGGAGCUGCCAGGCAAGACCAGAUUAAAUGAGCCGUUUCUCAGGAGGAUGGAGUCAAGUCAGUCGUCACAAGGACAGCGGGAUGCUUUCGUCUGGUUCACAGAGUCCCAGCUCCGGGUUGUGAUCAGGAACGGUAUCGUCCCUGAAUGGUUUCAUGGGAUCAUUUCCAGGAAGAUGGCAGAGGAACUGCUGAUGCCCAAGCCUCCUGGCUACUUCCUCAUCAGAGUCAGUGAGAGCAGGAUUGGCUACACUCUCUCCUACCGCGCUGAGGAGCGCUGCAGACAUUUCAUGAUCGAUGCAGUGGAGGACGGUCAUUACGUCAUAGUAGGUGAGAACAGGCACCACCGGUUUCUGCAGGACCUGGUGGACUUUCACCGUAGGACCCCCAUUUUGCCUUUCACUGAGGUGCUGACUGUCGCGUGUGGACAGACCUCGAAAGACAAGACUGACUAUGCAGAGCUGUUGUUUCCCCAAAGACAUCUAAACCGUAACAAAAGUUUGCUUCCAAACGACUCACUGCCUCCCCGCACGAGUCAGCCAACAUCACAAGAGGAUAUCCCACCUGCCCUUCCUUAUCGACCAAAUAACCUGAGGAACUCUCCAGUACCGUCUUCAAACAAACUUUACCCAAGUUUGGAAGAAGAAUUUCUACGUGUCAAUUCCCCUCUUCCAGCCCCGCCUGUGACCAGAAAGAGGAUCACCGGCGACAGCCCUCCAUCCAACCAGCCUCCGGAGGUUCCUGAUCGGAGCUCUGUCCCUCCACUGAAGCAGAACCAGGCUUGUACCAGAACAGUCGCUGCACCUGAGAGCCCCCCAACACCUACAGCCACUGGACACCCCGGCAACACCAACAUCCAGUCUGUAAAGAACCAGGAAGCAAAGCUGUCAGUCACUUCCAACCUAAAGAACCUCAAGAAGAAGUUCCAAAAGAAGAAAAGCAUAUCGCAGGAGAAUAUGUACGCAGAGAUAAAUGUGGCGGAGCCUGAAAGGAGUGGAAACGCUGAGAAUGAGUACCACGAGAUCACAGGGCAGCAGACCUUCAACGUUCCACCAUUUCCCCACACUUGCACUGAGCUGACACUAACUGAUGGAGGGGUACCUCACGAGUACCUUCCUCCUCCACCUUUUGCUCCAGGCUACUGAAACACAACUGCUCCCAUAGAAAAAAGAAUGUAAAGAUGGAUCGAACCCUAAGUGGAGAAUAAAUGAGUGUAGUCCACACAGUGAUUGCUGACAAAAGCUUGAUAGUGCAUCGUUUCAACCUUCUAAUCGCUGCCCUUGUGUGACUGUAAUAAGUGACAGUGACUUUUGAGUGCUUUAUCUUUUAUUUAUUUACUAUUCAACAGAGACAAUACAGACAAACAUUGUUACAUAAGGAGAACUGAUGUGACAAAUGUACUUUAUAUAGUGUAUGCAUCUUGCUGAAGCUAAUUACAAGUUUUUUCCCUGGCCCAUGUAGUGAAUGAAAAGUAUUUAUAGGCGGCAGGAGGAAGUUGGAUGCAGUGUAUGUAAAUGAGAAAUGGCAUGGUUAACAGUAUGUCAGCUGCUUUGAAUACAGUCAUAGCAUCAGAGGCGGGUCUGUCAUCAGCAACGUGAUAAGGAAGGUGGAUGCAGACGCUGGUCAAACUGGUUUCACGAGUAGAAACAUUCUGCUGAGACAAAAUUGACCUUUGAAACGGCUUUGUCAGACCCUUGUUAUUAUUAUGAAGCAUCUGUUUGAUCUCAAGAACAUUUCACAUUUAUAUCCAUAACUAGGUAAUAUAUCUGUACAAAGCAAAUAGUGUUACAUGAUUUAGCUAAUAAAUCCCCUAUAAAAAAUGUUUAAUAUG